UAUUGGAUAAACAAACAAAUAUAUUGUAACGAUUAAAACCCUUUGCAUUGCAUAAAAAAAAACCAUUAAAACCCUAAAACAAGCAGCUGCAUUCACUCGCCGGAAAACGCAUCCGGAGUUGGUCGCCGGAAACAAGCAGCUCCCUUUCCAGGUUUUCGGUGAAAUUACCAAUUCAUCCUCAUGGCUAAUAAUCCAUCACAGCUUCUUCCAUCAGAGCUGAUUGACCGCUGUAUAGGUUCAAAAAUAUGGGUGAUAAUGAAAGGCGACAAGGAGCUUGUUGGUACCCUUAGAGGCUUUGAUGUAUAUGUUAACAUGGUCCUGGAAGAUGUUACUGAAUAUGAGAUCACUGCUGAGGGGAGAAGGAUAACUAAGCUUGAUCAGAUUUUACUCAAUGGAAACAACAUUGCCAUUUUGGUCCCUGGUGGUUCACCUGAUCCAGAAUGAACAAUGCUGCUCAGAUAUCUCUAUGAUUAACUCUUCAGCUGUUGCACAAGGCACAUAAUUCCUAUAUUUUAAAGAAGAUUCUGAGGCAAGCUAGGUCUUUUUGCUUUCCGUAAGCUUGUUUUAAGGAUGCAUGAUUGUAGUAACUAUUAAACCUUUGUCAUGUUGAAUUGUGAGUUGUUCAGUGUAACAAGCGACGGUAUUGAUUAUAACAUUCAACUGUGCACCUUUAUAUUCGUGUUUCUCUUCCAUUACUAUAAAAGUUCACUCGUGUCUACUAUGAGCUGUUUGUCAGCUAAUUGGACUCCUUGACGAUUUUUAUGUUUUA